AUCUACAGACACAAGGCACCACACACACAGAGAGAGCAAAAACCAAAUCCUUUUCCCAAAUAAAAAAAAGAAAAGAGAGCAUUUUUUUUUUUUGGCCUUUGGAUGAAGAAGAUCACUUUGGAACGUUCUUGCAAGAAGCCAGAGUCAAUAUACAAAAGUAAAGAGACGAAAGAUUGUUAUUAACACCCGACCCCGAGUGAGAGAGAGAUCUUAUUAUAUAAUGUGGGCGCCAAUUUCAGUUUCAAGCUUUCAUCUUCUUCGUCUUCCUUAAGUUAGUUCUGAGAUCUAGGGUUUCUUAUUGUUCUCCCCUCUCUUUAAUUCUCUUUCAAGAUUGGUCAUGCCCCUACCCUUUGAGCAAUUUCAAGGGAAGGGGGUUUUGGGUUUUUUAGAUUCUUCUUCUUCUUCUCCGGGAUACAAAAUCUGGGGUCCAGAUAAACUCCAUGGAAGAGUAGUAGUUGAAGAUCUCUGCUUUGUUGUUAACAAUGGUGGUUUCUCGGAGCCGACGUCUGUUCUAGACUCUGUUAGAAGUCCAAGCCCUUUCGUUUCUUCUUCAACCACCACGCUGUCUUCCUCUCACGGCGGCGGCGGCGGCGCUGCUGCUGCUGCUGCUGCUGACUUUUCCGGCGCCGAUGAGAAAUGCGACCCGAUGGGUUUCGAGGAUCUCGAUGGUGUUCUCUCCGGUGGCUCUCCCGGACAAGAAGAGAGUAUUCUUAGGUUAAUCAUGUCUGGUGGUGGUGGUGAUGUUGUGGAUCCGGGUUCUGAGUUUGUGGGUUUCGACACCGGUUCUGGAUCCGACCCGGUUAUUGAUAACCCUAAUCCACUCUUUGGCUAUGGCUUCCCUUUCCACGACGCAACGAACCCUGAGAUUCUGAUUAACCCAAGUCCUGAUUUUUUCUCGGAUCCUCCGGCUAAACGGCUCAAUUCGGGUCAACCCGGAUCUCAACAACCCCAACAGUGGGGUUUCCAGUUCUCGGAUCCGGGUCACGAAUCUCACGACCCGUUUCUCACUCCGCCCAAGCUAGCCGGUGAAGACGAACACGACCAAGGAGACCAGUCAACGUUAAUCAUCGACCAGCUAUUCUCCGCGGCGGUGGAGCUAAUUGGAAGAACCACAAACGGCGGAGAUAACAAUCCCAAUCCCAUCCUCGCGCAAGGGAUAUUGGCGCGGCUCAAUCACAACCUUAACAAGAAGGACGACGACGACGACGACACUAACAGCAACAAUCCUAAACCUCCGCUUCAUAGAGCAGCUUCGUAUAUAACCGAAGCUCUUCACUCUCUCCUUCAAGACUCUUCAUCACCACCGUCACUCUCUCCUCCUCAAAACCUAAUCUUUCGAAUCGCAGCUUACAGAGCUUUCUCAGAAUCCUCACCGUUUCUUCAAUUCGUCAACUUCACUGCAAACCAAACCAUUCUCGAGUCCUUAGAAGGGUCGUCUGAUCGGAUUCACAUUGUCGAUUUCGAUAUCGGUUACGGAGGUCAAUGGGCGUCUCUGAUUCAAGAACUCGCCGGAAAAAGAAACAGAUCUUCAUCGCCUCCGUCGCUAAAGAUCACAGCUUUCGCAUCUCCUUCAACUGUCUCCGACGAAUUCGAGCUCCGGUUCACAGAAGAGAAUCUCAGAAGCUUCGCGGCAGAAACAGGUGUGUCCUUCGAAAUCGAGCUCUUGAGCAUGGAGAUUCUCUUGAAUCCUACUUGUUGGCCACUCUCUCUAUUCCGAUCAUCGGAGAAAGAAGCAAUCUCUGUGAAUCUACCAAUCAGCUCCGUUGUCUCCGGUUACCUCCCGUUGAUCCUUCGUUUCUUGAAACAAAUCUCUCCAAACGUGGUCGUUUGUUCAGACCGAACCUGCGACCGCAACAACGACGCACCGUUCCCUAACGGUGUGAUUAACGCGCUUCAGUACUACACGACUUUGCUCGAGUCACUGGACUCGAGUAAUGCGGAAGCUGUUACGAGGGUCGAGAGGUUUUGUGUGCAACCGUCCAUACAGAAACUGUUGACGAAUCGUUACCGCUGGAUGGAGAGAACGCCGCCGUGGAGAAGCUUAUUUGGGCAAUGUGGGUUUUCUCCGGUGACGCUGAGUCAGACGGCGGAGACUCAAGCGGAGUAUUUGUUGCAGAGGAAUCCGAUGAGAGGGUUUCACCUGGAGAAGAGACAGUCGUCGUUGUCUUCACUUGUCUUGUGUUGGCAGAGGAAAGAACUCGUUGCUGUCUCAGCUUGGAAAUGUUGAAGAGAAAUAUUAAUAAAAAGGUUCUUUUUUAAUUUCGUUUUUUUAGCUUUUAAAUUUGGGUUAUUUAUAAUCAUGUUUUAAUGUGUUCCACAAUGUUAACCAAUCAAAUGAUAUAUAUAUAUAUAAAUCCUUUUGUUAGUCU